AUACUAGGGGACGGUUUGGGCCUACCAGCCCCAAACUGUAAGGCUCAAAUCCGAAUUAUACAUAUUUCCAGUUUAUUUUGGGAAAGAAAGCAAAUAUUUUUCAUCGAUUCCCGAUGGGAGACAACAGUGGAGCCAAUUACACCGCCGCAGACGAUUUACUUCUCAAGCAAUUCUUCGCCGAAGUCAGCGAGGUUGAGCGAGAUAACGAAGUCAACAGGAUCCUGUCAUGCUUCAAACUGAAUGCCUUUGAAUAUCUUAACCUACCAUUUGAUUCAUCUAUAGACGAAGUGAAAAAGCAAUAUCGUAAGUUAUCUUUGCUAGUUCACCCUGAUAAAUGCAAACAUCCGCAAGCAAAGGAGGCAUUUGGUGCAUUGGCAAAAGCUCAACAAAUAUUACAUGAUCCUUCAGAGAGGGAAUAUCUUUUGAACCAAGUUAAUGCAGCAAAAGAAGAGCUUAGAGCAAAGAGGAAGAAACAGCUGAAAAAAGAUACUGCUAGUAAAUUGAAGUCAUUAGUGGAUGAGGGAAAAUACGAGCAAGAAUAUGAACGGUCAGAGGAAUUCCAGAGGCAACUAAAAUUAAAAGUUCGUGAACUCUUAACAGAUCAAGAAUGGAGGAGAAGGAAAAUGCAGAUGAGGAUAUCAGAGGAGGAAGGUAGAUUAAAGAAGGAUGAGGAAGAAACUAAAGAGAUGUGGAAACGAAAGCGCGAACACGAGGAGCAAUGGGAAGGGACUAGAGAACAGAGGGUUUCCAGUUGGAGAGACUUCAUGAAAGGUGGAAAGAAGGUCAAGAAAGGUGAGAUUCGGCCUCCAAAGCUCAAGACGGAGGAUCCAAACAAAUCCUAUGUUCAAAGACCUGUGAAAAGAGGUUGAUUAUCGUGGACACCUGCUCAUUGAUCAUUAACCGAUUAUGGUACUGCUUGAGAAGGCUCUGGAAGUGUAGUGCUUACAAUUAUUGUACCUAUCCCAAUUAACAUGCCACGAUGUAUACUGCCUGUAUGGUGUAACGGCUGCUUAAUGGCUGUUAUAGUAUAGUCUUGCCUGAUACCAUGCUCGAAAAUUUCAAGUUCGUGACAAUAUUGAUUCAGCUAAAAAUCUGCACCAAGAUUGCGUUUUCAUAUU